GGGGCCUGCAGCGGAGCCGAGCCGAGCCCGAGCCCGAGCCGAGCCCUGACACUGUCCGUCCGCCUUCUGGCUCCUCGGGAGCCCGGACUGGCCGGAGCCCGAGAGGUGGCAGCGCGGGGAGCCCCACGCGCUGAAGGGAGCGGACCGGACGGGACGCGACUAGUGGAGGCGCUGCCGCCACAGUAGCCAGUGACGGGAGUCGGGAGCCGCGGCCUCCCGGACCCUGCUGCCCAGGCCAGCUCAGGGAGAGCGGGGAGUACGAAAACCCCACCCUCUGGGGCACCCCAGGAGCGGAGGCGGGAGCGGGGACGGGAGCAGCCUCUCCCCCUGUUGGAGAGAAGGUCCUUACCACUCGGGGGAGGGAAAGGAGAGACCCCUGGAGGGACGCGUCUCUCCUUCCUAGAGAAGAAAACCCCCACACUGGCCUGGGAGGAGACCCCCAGAAGUAGGAGGGGGUGAGCCUUCCUACAGGAAGCAGAGUGAGACCACCCCAGCCUGCCUCCUCCCCUCCAAACACACACUCUCAACAGUUCAGGACUUUGGAGGCAAAGGGAAAGGGGGAUAUGCCUGUGGAGUAGGCACCCUCCAUCCCAGCCAGUACUCACGGGGCACAGGAGUCCUUACGUUCAGAAGCAAAGGACACGCCAGGGAAAGAAGAGGAGUUGGCUCUCAGCCUUUUGGAGAGGGGAAGACCUCUCCCCUCAACUUCCUUGGACCUAGACAGUGGAACGGGGUAGAGCCCCUCCACUCAGAUCUCCAGCAGACAGAAAGAGCCCUCCACCCCAGACAGAUCCAGUUUGGGGGGGAGGGGGACUCCCCCAAGGGGGAGGAGACAACUCCUGGUUGGGAGAGGCUCCUCCCCUCCUCCCCAGGGUAACUGGCAGGGUGUGGGGGGUGUGCCACCUUCCCCAGGUAGGACCUCCUUCUCCUCCCCCUCCUCCUCCUCCCUUGGCUCCUCAUCCUCAGGGGACCCAGUUCCCCUCCCCAGCUUGGGAGGCUCAGCCAGGUACAGGAAGAGCCACUGAGGAUGAGACCUGUCAUCUGCCUCUGAAGAGGGGGAUCCCUCCAACCCCAAACUCCAGUACCAGGUGGUUCCCUCCCUCUGCAGGGGGAGCAGUGGAGACAGAACCCAAAACUACCAUGGCUUCUGACCUAGAGAGUAGCCUCACCUCCAUAGACUGGCUCCCCCAGCUGACCCUCCGAGCUACCAUUGAGAAGCUUGGGAGUGCCUCCCAGGCCGGGCCUCCAGGGAGCAGCCGCAAGUGUUCACCAGGCUCACCCACAGAUCCUAAUGCCACCCUGAGCAAAGAUGAGGCAGCAGUCCACCAGGAUGGCAAACCACGGUACAGCUAUGCCACCCUCAUCACUUAUGCCAUCAACUCCUCUCCAGCCAAGAAGAUGACCCUCAGUGAGAUUUACCGCUGGAUCUGCGAUAAUUUCCCCUAUUAUAAGAAUGCUGGCAUUGGUUGGAAGAAUUCAAUUCGGCACAACCUUUCUCUCAACAAGUGUUUCCGGAAGGUGCCCAGACCUCGGGAUGACCCUGGAAAGGGUUCCUAUUGGACAAUCGACACCUGCCCUGACAUUUCCCGAAAGAGAAGACACCCUCCGGAUGAUGAGCUGUCCCAAGACUCACCAGAACAGGAGGCAAGCAAGAGCCCACGGGGAGGCGUUCCCGGGAGUGGAGAAGCCUCACUGCCUCCCGAGGGGAAUCCGCAGAUGUCGCUUCAGAGCCCCACAUCUAUGGCCGGCUAUAGCCAGGGCACAGGAUCUGUGGAUGGUGGAGCAGUGGCAGCAGGGGCUUCAGGCCGAGAAAGUGCUGAGGGUCCCCCUCCCCUCUAUAACACCAACCAUGACUUCAAGUUCUCAUACUCAGAGAUCAAUUUUCAGGAUCUAAGCUGGUCCUUCCGCAACCUCUACAAAUCCAUGCUGGAGAAAUCCUCCUCUUCCUCUCAGCACGGCUUUUCGUCUCUCCUCGGGGACAUGCCGCCCUCUAACAACUACUACAUGUACCAGCAGCAGCCGCCGCCACCUCAACAGCAGCAGCAGCAGCAGCAGCAGCCGCCGCCACCGCAGCCACCUCCCCAGCAAUCCCAGCCACAGCCGCAGCCGGCACCAGCUCAGGGCCCCUCAAGUGUAGGGGGUGCUCCUCCACUGCACACCCCAAGCCCAGAUGGUUGUACCCCACCAGGGGGAAAGCAAGCUGGGGCCGAAGGCUACGGGCCUCCCCCUGUGAUGGCCAUGCAUCCGCCCCCGCUGCAGCAUGGAGGCUACCACCCUCACCAGCACCACCCCCACUCCCACCCUGCCCAGCAGCCACCACCUCCACAGCCACAAGCACAAGGCCAGGCUCCCAUCAACAGCACUGGCUUUGCCUUUCCUCCGGACUGGUGCUCUAAUAUCGACUCCUUGAAGGAAAGCUUCAAGAUGGUGAAUCGGCUCAACUGGUCCAGCAUUGAGCAAUCACAGUUCUCAGAACUGAUGGAGAGUCUACGACAGGCAGAGCAGAAGAACUGGACCCUCGAUCAGCAUCACAUUGCCAAUCUGUGUGACUCCCUCAACCACUUCCUUACUCAGACUGGUCAUGUGCCCCCGCAAGGGGGAUCCCACCGGCCACCAGCCCCAGCCCGUAUUGCUGACUCCUGUGCUCUCACCAGUGGCAAACAGGAGCCAGCCAUGAACCAAGGUACUGCACAAGUGAACUCUUAUGGGCACCCACAAGCUCCCCACCUCUAUCCUGGCCCAUCACCAAUGUACCCAAUCCCCACCCAGGACUCAGCAGGAUACAAUCGCCCAGCACACCAUAUGGUCCCUCGGCCACCGGUCCCACCUCCUGGUGCCAAUGAGGAGAUCCCUGAUGACUUCGACUGGGACUUGAUCACUUAGUGCAUCACAGAGUGUGGACCUCAGCCCAGGCCCAAGUGGUGAAAUCUGGCAGUGGGGAAACAGCAGCCCCAGCCCGUCCCAUCCCCCUGCCUGUAUAUAGAUAUAUAUCCUCUUUUUGUUCUUUCUCUGUCAGAGAAGCCACCGCAAGAUGCUGCCGAAGAUUAAUCCCCUCUUUCCUGCCUCAUCUCUUUUCCUUCCUGUUUUUUCCUAAUUCUUUUAUUAUUAUUCCUAUGUUAUUAUUAUUAUUAUUAUUGGUUAUAUACUAUCCCCAGUCCCCUGUCCUUACACCAUGGACCAUGCCCACCCUUUGCUAACUUAAAAUUGUCAGGCUUGAAGAUGAGGCCGAUAGCUACAGAGAAAGGUUUCAAGCUCCAAUUUAUCUUUUUCUCUAAGAAACUUAAUGCUGAUCCUACCUUUUGGCCCUAAAUUGCUUUCUGGUCCUAUCAGUUUCAGGCCAUGACUGGAGAGGCCACAUUAUUAAGUGGAAGGGGUCUAAAACACUGCUUGGCAGCCAUGAAUUUGCAGGUUUUACUAAAUGGUGCUAAUUCUGUCCUCUGAGCUCUUCCUUGUCCCUUUAUACCUUCAGUCCUUACUUCUGCCAAUCCUCGUUUCCCAUCAAGGGUCAGAAUGGAUGAUGGUACAGGAGGAUGACAGGAAAAUCUGAGUGGAAUUAGAGACCAGAGUUGGGUUGAGUAGAAUGCUGCAGAGAAGUGAUGGAAUGUAAAUCAGUGUGAACCUGGGUGUUACUGCCCUGUCAUGUAAGCAUCCAUUGGCUUAUUACUAGCCUGUUCCCUAGGAGAUAGAAUUGAUCUUAGCCCAAACUCUGCUUCUAAGGUAGGGCAUGAGAACAACUAUUUGGCAUAGGUUCAGCCUCUUUGAGAUGAUUUCAACUUUACCAUGUUGGCUUUUUAAAAAUAAUUUUUUCUGAAAAUUAACUGUGGCCCUUAGAAAUGGGUGGGAAAUAUUUUAGUUAUUUAACCGUACAGACAGAUGCUUCUCUUGGAGUCCAGAUCAUCAGGGCUGAAGCUUUUGCAAGCAGGCUUUUGAGGGGUGAAGGAAAUUGGUAGAGGGGAGUAAAUAAUCUAGAGCCAAGAAAUAAUUCACUGAGGGCCAAGGGGGACUCCCAGAAACAGGUAGAGGGAUAACUUACCUCUUUAACAAGGGGUGGCCGUGAUUUAUUGCUGCAAAGUAUUUAGUGUAUAUUUAAGGUUAGUUGUUGAAUUUUAGUUACAAGAGGGAAGAAUAAUUUUACUUCUGUUUUUAUUUCACUAAAUUUUCACUUUCUGAAAGCUGCAGGGCAAAAUGUAUGGAAUGGACAAGGCCACUCUCUGUGAUUUCCGCUUUUUGUUCAUAUUCUUUUAUUUACCCAUGAUUUGCAAGAGAUUUGGCUUUCUGCUCUCCUGCUUUUUCCCUUCAUCUACCCCUCUCCUUUUUUUGGAAGGGGGUUAUAUAUGAGAGGUUGUUGAAGAAGUCCAGUGAGGCUGAAGUAAAGGGUCAAGAUAGGGCAGUUAACUAAAGAGCACUUUAUUUCUUUGAAGCCUUUGUAAAAAGGAAAUGGGGGUGCGAGUGGCUUGAAUCUCCCAUGAUGUUGGAGGGCACUUAGUGGGAUUGAUGGGUGACAUAAUAUUUCCCAUUGGGGAAAGGAGAAUUUCUCUUAGAGGGGGGCAAAAUGCCUUCUACUUUAGGCAUCUCUUCUUUAUUCCUUCCAUUAAAGGUGUGUCCUAUACAUAACUUCCCAUCAGUUCUUCCCAAGAUUCCCCCUUUAUGGAUUAUCACUCCUCUUUUCUAAACCCCUUCCCUAUUCAGACCCGUACAGGAUUUGCAAAGGUAGACUGAAUUAUACAUGCAAAUGCCUCUGUUUAUCUCUGUCUUCUGGAAACUAGUCUCAUGAGGGAUUCCAGUGGGCAGCCAGAGUAACUGAAGUUGGCUAGGACUGGAGAUUGGCCGUCAGGCCUCCUGAGAUUCCAGCUCCCCUCCACCAAGGUCAGCCAUGCUAUAUGGCACAGGACAAACCUGACUCCCUUUGGGCCUCAGUUUCCCCUCCCCUUCAUGAAAUGGAAAGAAUACUACUUUUCCUUGUUGGUCCAGCAUUGCUGGACAUGAAGUAUCGUCAUUGUUGUUGUAUUGGGUGAUGUGUGCAAAAUUGCAGGAGCUCACUGCCUAUAUGAGGAAAUAAGGGAGAAAGUGGAGGAGAGGGACAAAAGGAGCAAUUAUUUGGUAAAGAUCCACCCAUCCCAGCCUUCCUCUCCCCAACCUCCUCUCCUCAUGUUUCUUGUUCGGUGAGUCCUUCAUACCACCCAUAAUGCUUUGCAUUGGUGCAGGCUGGGAAGGGGGUGUAUGGUCUCACAAGUUGUUGUUGUUUUUUUGCAUGCUUUCUUAAUAAAAAAAAAAAAGAAUGUUUACAGUUUUA